UUCCAAAUAAAAAUUUCAAUGAAAAUAAAAUUAAAGGAGGGGUUUGGAAAUUCCGCACUCUUCUUCCACAAACAAUCAGCUCUCCUCAACUCCCACACCCAAUAUACUGAAAUGGUACGUUUACAGCCCGAUCCCUUCCUCAAUGAACUUACGAACAUGUUUGAGCGAACUACUGAAAAAGGCUCUGUUUGGGUUACUCUGAAGCACUCUUCAGACAAGUCUAAGGUUAAAAUAAAUAAGAUGAAGACAGCUGGAGAAAAGAUCGAGUACAAGUGCCUCGUACGAGCUACUGACGGCAAGAAGACCAUUUCGACAAUGGUUGGUCAGAAAGAUCAUUCUCGAUUUCAGUCGAGUUAUGCAACUAUUCUGAAAACCCGAAUGACUGCAUUGAAGAAGAGGGAGAGAAAAGAUAGACGAAAGACAGCAGAUUCUGAUAAGAAACAAGAGCCUAAGAAGCCAUCUUCUGCUGCUAAACCCUCUAACUAAACCGAAUUUUCUUGAUUUAUUCUCUUUUUUUUUUAAACAAUUUUGUCAUUAUAUUUAUAAUAAGAUUCUCUUUUAUAUAUACAUAUAUACGACUUAAAAGACUUAUUCUUACAUAUUUUUGGUUGUGGUGUAAAUUUUUUGGCUAUGUUGAAAGCAUUUUUGGAGGCUAUUGCUAUUUCGUUUUGGGAUCGCUUCAAUUUA